UAGGCUAGUUUAUUUACCAUCUAGUCAGCAAAAAAUGGUGAAACUGAUUACUGCUCUGUUUUUUCUGCUCUUGAUUGUAACUAAUUCCUUUUCUCUCAAUCUUAGACCAAUCAUUGGUAUUGUAUCAGAGACCACUACUGAAGAUCAUUCAUACAUUGCAGCAUCUUAUGUUAAGUAUAUAGAAUCUGCAGGUGCUCGUGUUGUUCCUAUUAUUAAUAAUAUAACACAAGAUGAACUGAAGGAUUUAUUCGGAUCCAUUAAUGGGGUCCUCUUUCCUGGGGGCGGUAGCUCACUGGUGGAAUCAGCUUAUCUUGAAGUAGCCAAAACAAUAUUUGAACUUGCCAAACAGGCUAAUGAUGAAGGAGAUUAUUUCCCAUUAUGGGGCACAUGUCUUGGGUUCCAGCUGCUGUGUGUGUUACAGUCAGGGACUAACCACAUAUUGUCAUCAUUUGAUUCUGAGGAUUACAGCAUACCACUAAACUUCACUGAUGCUGCAAAUGCUAGUCGACUCUUUUCAAUGUACACACCAGAAGGAAUGGGCUGGUUGAGCAGUGAACCAAUCACAAUGAACAAUCAUCAAUAUGGAGUCUCUCCUGAUAGUUUUAAAAGCAUGUCUUCUUUGACUGAAUUUUACACAAUUUUAUCAACUAAUUUUGACAGAAAAGGAUCUGAAUUUAUAUCAUCAAUAGAAGCUAUUCAUUAUCCAUUUUAUGGCGUCCAGUGGCAUCCUGAAAAGAACACAUUUGAAUGGACGACAGCUGAAUCCAUCAACCAUUCUUAUCAUGCGGUCUCCAUUGCUCAGACAGCUGCUAAUUUCCUUGUCAGUGAAGCAAGGAAGAGCGACCAUCAUUUCACAAGUGAAGAGAAAGAAAUGGACUCUCUCAUUUAUAAUUAUGAACCAACAUAUACUGGGAAGGUAUCUCACAGUUUUGAACAAGAAUAUGAAUUUUGAAAUGUGAAAAACUUCUUUGAAUGUUGAAUCCACCCAAUCCAUUGCCUAUUUGCUAUGAUAUUGUUGCAGCUGCUGUUGUUGUUUAUUUUGUGGUUGUUUGUUGUUUAUUUUUGGAGUUUGAAAGUGAAAAUAAUAUGUAAAAAA